UGACGAGGACACCACUGUAGAGUAUGGAGCCAGGAAAAGACCCCUGUCUAAAAAUCCAAAGGAGCAACAGCUGCGGAAGACAACAGGGCACCAGCUAUUCCAACUGGUGUACAGCACCAGACAAGCACAGAGUGAUGCUGCACUGUGUAAAAUGACUAAUGCUUUACGACGGUAUGCUCCUUUUUAUAUUAAAUGGUGGCGGAUUUGCAGCAGGGGUCAGCUCUUGCCAGGGGGAGUGAUUGAUACAGUAGCGGCCAUAUUGUUGUGAGUUUGAGACAUUGCCUACAAGAGCAGCGUACUCUGAGUAACUGAGACACUGAGUAACUGGAACUGUCAGCUCUCACCCCAAUAGUCAAACAUCAAUUAGCAUGAGGCGUUCCAUGCUAUUUAUUUUCUCUCCUGGAUUAUUUUGUUUAUAGACAACAAGCAUGUUUGGUGUUUGUGUGAAGAAGGCAUGCUCUACAGGGGAUUAAGAAAUGGCCCUAUUCUUAUUUUUUUAAAAUUUGAUAACCAAAACCGAUAAUUUGAUUUUUUUUUUUUUAUCUGGUCAAAUACGUAACAAGACAGUAUGGCAGUCUACUUGAAAUCACACAUUCUCCUUAUGCUUGCAAUACUGAAUGUAUUCUGCUGUAAUGUCACGAUAGAAAACCACUUAGCAACUUUCAGCACCACAUCAUAUUGACCAGAAGCAAGUUUUGAAACAACCCAGGAAUAAAGAACUGUAAAGAACCGACUCGUAAGACCGAAUGACUACUGUAAAUUGUAGCGGCAAUGAGGAACUGGACUUCAGACUUAUUUUCGGAGAGGACGCGCAACAGCUAGGCCCCGCAGGUCCAGACCCUGGUGACAGCACGCCAUACUAUACCACCCAGUCUAUGGUCAAUCAGCCUAUUGGCCAGGCCCAAGACUUACAACAGAGCCAGCAGCACCACCAGGCUGCUUCUCAACAAGCUCCUCUCCAAACCUAUGGUAACUACCACCCCAGCUCCAGCUAUGAAGUUCACAGUUCCAGAUACUGUCCCAUGGGACACCUCCCCAAGGCGUUCGACUGCCCAAGCAUCCAGAUCACAUCUAUCAGUCACAGUCACCAAGAGCUGGGCUCCAGCCAGGAUGCCGUGCCCAUCAGCGGGGCAGACGGCGGGGGUGAGUGCGGUCGUGAACGGUCCUGGUCCAGGGAUCACCUCUACCUACCCCUGGACCCCUGUUACAGGGACUCAUCGUCCCUGAACCCCAGCCCUUGCAGCAGCCUGUCCUCCAGGAGCUGGCUGUCCGACGUGUCCUCCUGCGAGUCCUUCUCGCACGUUUACGACGACGUGGAGGCUGAACUGAACGAGGCGGCCGCCCGAUUCACCAUGGGUUCCCCGCUGGCCUCUCCCCUGACCUCCCCUGGCUGCUCCCCACAAGGCCAGGUCGCGGGGGGAUUCGGGGUAGAGCUGUGGCAGCAGCAGUACUUCAUGAACACCCACUCCCUCUCGCCCCACCAGUCCCCUCGCCAGUCGCCCCGUCAGUCCCCCUGUCACUCUCCGCGCAACAGCGUCACAGACGAGAACUGGCUUAACCCGCGCCCCACCUCCAGGUCCGGCUCAAGGCCCACAUCACCUUGUGGUAAGAGACGACACUCCAGCGCAGACGUCUAUGGACAGGGACCUUCCCCCUCCCCAUCCCCUCAUCAGUCCCCCUGCCCCACCCCCAGCCACUCUCCCAGGGGCAGCGUAACAGAGGACACCUGGGCGGUUGGAAGCCCUGGUGCCAUGGGGGCCCUUCUGUACAACCUCCCUGAGGUAGACGUUCCCUCCAAAACCAGGAGGACCUCUCAGCAGGCUCACAUGGGUUUACUGCAUGGACAGGGAGACUCAGGGCUGGUGCCCGAAGACCAAGGCGUCGUGUUGCCUCACCUGGACUCACCUGCAGAUGAGUCUGGGUCUACUCUAAAACAGGAUGGCCUUUUUGAAGAACUCUUUCUCUCGGUUCCCUCACACUUCACCUGGAACAAACCCAAACCUGGCAACACACCCCUUUUCAGGACCUCCUCCCUACCCCCACUGGACUGGCCCCUGCCCAGCCAGUUUGGCCAGUGCGAGUUGAAGGUGGAUGUGCAGCCACGGGGCCACCACAGGGCCCACUACGAGACAGAGGGGAGUCGGGGGGCCGUCAAGGCUGCCUCAGGAGGACACCCUGUAGUCAAGCUCAUUGGAUACAACGAGAAGCCAGUCAACCUGCAGAUUUUCAUUGGAACGGCAGACGAUCGGUACUUGAGACCACAUGUCUUCUACCAGGUGCACAGAGUAACGGGGAAGACGGUGGCUACUGCUUGCCAGGAAAGCGUAAUAAGCAGUACAAAGGUUCUAGAAAUCUCUCUCCUCCCCGAAAACAAUAUGUCCACCAGUAUUGACUGUGCAGGCAUCCUGAAGCUGAGGAACUCUGACAUUGAGCUCAGGAAGGGGGAGACUGACAUCGGGAGGAAGAACACGCGUGUGCGAGUGGCAUUCCGUGUGUAUAUCCCUCAGCCCAGCGGCAAGGUCCUGUGUCUGCAAGCUGCCUCUAUUCCUGUGGAGUGCUCCCAGCGCUCGGCCACAGACCUUCCCCAGAUGCAGAACUGCAGUCCCCUCAGCUGCUUGGUCAGUGGGGGUGGGGAGAUGGUAAUUACUGGCUCCAACAUAUCCCCCGAGUCAAAGGUCAUCUUCCUGGAGAAAGGCCCUGAUGGACGCACACAGUGGGAAGUUGACGGAAAAGUUAUUCGAGACAAGAGUAAAAGAUCCAGAAUCGUGGUUGAGAUUCCUACCUACCACAACACCACUGUGAGCUCUGCAGUCCAGGUGCAGUUCUACGUGUGCAACGGGAAGAGGAGAAGAAGCCAAAGGCAAAGCUUCACAUACUUGGCUGGUGCUUCUCCACACCAUUAUCCCACUGCCAGUGACCAUGCAGUUGUGGCUCCUCGGGUGAAGCAGGAGCUCACUGACUCAACCUAUCUGUCUACUUGCAACAAUCUCCCUGGCCUAUAUCCAACAAGCAGCAAGCAGAAUUCUUCUGACGGGGCCUUCUCUCAGGACAGGCCCUUGUAUGGUUCCUCUGGUGGUCACCCUGUGCCUUGUGGUCCGCCCUCCCAGCCAGCAUACACUCCCUCAGGCUCCUCGCCUCUUCAGCACUCCCCUCACCUCCACAGCUACAGUCCCAGUAUGGGAUACCAGCGGAUAAGCCCUAUGCAUACACCUGAUUCAAUGCCACCCCCUCGGACAAAGCCUGUCUACCAGGCCACACAACAUAAUGUGCCUUAUAGUGGCCAGGCCAGCUCUCCCAUGAGACCUGGUCCUGCCGCAUUCCAGGUCAUUCGACCUCAGUCUGCCCAGCCCAGGCCAGCUGUCUCCAGCCCUCAUAGGGAAAGUGUGAUGUACCAGAGCCUCAUUAGACCUGAUCUCUCUGUUGCCACUCUCCAGUCUGCCAGAACCCACACCCAGAAUGCAACCCAGCUGCAGUCUCUAAAAUACCACUUUUCCCACUCAGACUCUGACCUAGCGGCUCUACAGGCUGAAUAUAAUCUGAGCUACCAUUCUGACAAAAACUUGCCUGCUUCGUAUUCUCCCACUCCUGGAGUAGUAGCAACCUGCUCCACCUCCCCGUUAGCAUCAGCCUCCUCUGGGGGUCCCCUGAGGCACCUGUCCUCCAGCAGCGCUCAGGGGCUGGCCUCUGGUAUCGACCCCCAGGAGUGUCCCCCGGCACCCCAUUCCCUCUUCUCAAACGACAGAGGGAGGGUGAACAUCAAGCAGGAACCAGAGGAGAAGCUGCCUCUUGGCUCCAUGGGACUCCAGGAGAUCACACUAGAUGAUGUGAAUGAGAUCAUCGAUAGAGACAUAUCUCAGCUCGGUGGCGGAGCAGCAGAGUCCAAUCAACCAGAACAGGAUACUUAUGGAUGGGAUACUGUGAUACUCCAGUGAUAAUGUUCUUCCAUUCUGUGGCCUUCAUUCGGUUUCUAUUAAUCAUCAUCAUUACUCAGGACAGGAGUUGAAUUGUGUUAUCUAUGCAUUUGGCGGUUCUAUUACUAACUGAUCACAAUAUUGACGGCAAAACCCGUUGUGGUUUAACUGGUGCAAUUAAUCCAGUUGCUGGUAAUACAUACACCUGUGGAGGUGGUUAGGCUGUAGAGAAUGUAACCACUGGGCACAGAUGUCAAUUCCACGUCUAUUCCACGUUGGUUCAAUGUCAUUCCAUUGAAAUGACGUGGAAACAACAUUGACUCAACCAGUGUGCCCGGUGGGUAUGGCUGUUUGUUUGCUUAUCUAACAGUUCAGGAUUUUCAAGUCAAACUAAAAUAUAUUUUAAGAUGGAAAUACUUCUCAUACCAAAGAUGUUUUAUUUGUUGCCCUUAAGGCACAGCUGAAAUAUGACAACUAAUUGUCUGUAAAUGCAUGAAAAUUACGUAUUUGGUGUUGAAAGAACAUUGAUGUCAAUGAAGAGGCUGAAAAAGGCCAAAUACCAAAUGCUGUGUUAAUUUAAUAUUUAUUGGUGAAAUACAUUCGAUUUAAAUUUAUUUUUGAUACUGUAGCUCUUGCAGUUGUAUGAUUCUUUAGAAUAAUGAUACAUUUUCAUAACCUUCUAAUGCCUGGUAUUGUAUGCCUAUUUUCUAUUUUAGUUUCCAAAGAAUGUACAGUAUAUUAUCCAGAUUUAUAUGAUACUUUGGCAGUAUGCUUAGGUGUGAAGUAGCUAUAUCAAAGUCAAAGUUAUAAUGAACAAAAAUAUAAACACAACAUGCAACAAUUUCAUUGAUUUGACCGAGUUACAGUUCAUAUGAGUAUAUCAGUCAAUAGAAAUACAAUACAAUUGUUUGUUGUCCGUAGCUUAUACCUGCCCAUACCAUAACCCCACCACCAUGGGGCACUUUGUUCAUAAUGUUGACAUCAGCAAACCGCUUGCCCGCAUGACUCCAUACACAUACGUGGUCUGCGGUUGUGAGGCCGGUUGGACAUACUGCCAAAUUGUCUAAAAGGACAUUGGUGGCUUAUCUUGGCAAAGGUGAGAUGUUCACUAACAGAAAUAGGAUUUUUGUGUAUGGAACAUUUCUGGGAUCUUUUAUUUCAGCUCAUGAAACAUGGGGGACCAACACUUUACAUGUUGUGUUUAUAUUUUUUUCAGUGCAUUUCAUCAGGUUUUUG